AUGAAGGCAUCACUCCUCCUGUCCCUACUUCCCCUUGCCCAUGGCGCUGCCAUCGACACCCGCCAAUCCAAAACCGGCGAUGGCAAGCAGGGCGACACAGACGCUACACAAGGCGAUCUUAGCGAAAGACCACCACCAAGAUUCCCAUUCCCCAUCACCAAGUUCCCCGUCGCCAAAGAGACAGUGGUCUUCAAAAACGCCAAGUACAUCAUGCCUGGUGAGGUGUUUGACGGCAAGAUGAAGCGUUAUGAGCGUCCAGAGGGAAGCUGCAAUGAGCAGGCGGAGGGUACAGAUGCUGAUACCGUUUUCAACUUGAUGCCUGGAGCCACUAUCCGAAACGUCAUUAUUGGAAAGCAUCAGGCUGAGGUUUGGUGGGAGGAUGUUUGCGAGGAUGCCCUCACAUCCAAGGGUCUCAACACACAACUGAGAAUCUUCCAAGACAACUCUCUCGGUGGCAAGUACAACAUCACCGGCUUCUACGCCGAGGGCUUCGGGACAUUCUACCAGUCCUGCGGCAACUGUCUCAACCAAGCCAAGCGCAACGCCACCAUCCAGAACAUCAACCCCAACUUUGGUGAUGAGUUCCGUCUCAAGAAUGCUCAGAUCGACAACGUCACAAGCAUCUGUGACAAGGAGAUUGGAAACAAUGUGCAGACCGUUCCCUACUAUAUCGGAAACGGACCUGAUGAGAAGUACGCCUUGUACAAUGAGACGAGGGAUAACAUCACCAAGUUCAAGGGUGAGGUGAAGUUGGCUUAUGAGCCUGAGGACCCCUAUGAGUGGCUUGAGGAGUUUUGGCCUGAAGGUUUCAACUAA